AGAAAAUAAAAAGCGCUUUGGUUUUUGCCCUUUUCCUCUUCUGAAUUUGCCCUGAAAAAGGGAAAAACAAAAACGAACGGUGCUGAUAAACUUGAUUCUCUCAUCUCAGUCGUCUCCUUGCUCCUAUCUUCACCAUCGUCCGAUUCCAUUCCACCACUCCAUUUCCACCCGAUCUAAUUCCUUCUCUCUCGCGCCCAAAUUACAAAUCUUCCGUUUUCUCCCACCAGGGUUUUGGUUUGAAAAUGGCUGAUGCUCCGGCGAGUCCCGGCGGAGGAAGCCAUGAGAGCGGUGAGCAGAGUCCGAGGUCUAAUGUUCGUGAACAGGAUAGGUUUCUUCCUAUUGCGAAUAUUAGCAGGAUCAUGAAGAAGGCUCUUCCUGCUAAUGGAAAGAUUGCCAAGGAUGCUAAAGAAACCGUACAAGAAUGUGUAUCGGAGUUUAUCAGUUUUAUUACCAGCGAGGCAAGUGAUAAAUGUCAAAGAGAGAAACGGAAGACGAUUAAUGGAGAUGAUUUACUUUGGGCCAUGGCCACUCUUGGAUUUGAGGAUUAUAUCGAUCCACUUAAAACCUACUUGACGAAAUACAGAGAGACGGAGGGUGACACUAAGGGGUCUGCUAAAGGUGGUGAUGCGUCAGCUAAGAAAGAAGCUCAUCCAACCUCUAUUUCCCAGAUUGCUCAUCAAGGGUCGUUUUCCCAAGGAGUUAAUUAUGCAAGUUCUCAAGAUGUGUUUGGAACUUGAUCUAUUUGUCGAUUGUGGCGGCCAGAGGUCUUUGUGAGAAUUUGCUAGAAUUCUUAGUGUAACAUCAAAAUAGUUGGUGUGUAGAGAAAAAGCAUGUCAAGAACUAUUUUUGGGGGACUUGGAGUUACAAGUUGAAUUUCAUCUGUUAUUUAUUUUCUUUGGACAAUGUUUGUUAUUUACACUCCACCCCACACUCUUCUAUACUAGUAAAGUAACUUCGUUGUUUAAGUUCUUUUCCCCCUUCAUGGAGUGGUUUAAGUUGUUUUUUUUGUUUUCCCCUUCUUUUAGUAACUUCUUCGCAUAAGCAUAUUAGUUUUGUUUAUGUUUAUAUCUUCAUGAUUCUUAAAGUUCUUUCGUCAUUGUCAAAGCAUAUCUUAUAUUACUUGGGGUUUGUUUUAGAGCUCUCAUAUCAAAAUCUUGGUUGAAAAUUGAAAUAUAUGAUAAAUUAGUAUACAAAUUUGAACGUUUCAAGGAGAUGGCUUAUAGCAGUAAAAGGCUAUUUCCCUUUUAGCCUUGGUGAAAGGGCAAUAUAUUGGUAUUUGUAUCUUUUUUAGGUUACCUAGAAAAUGAGGCAACUUUUUUGAGCUUCUUUGUAUUGGGAUCAUCCCCCUUUGUGUAAAAUGGUCAAAAGUGGUAAAUCUAGAGGCUUUGAUCAUGUUGCCUUCCACCCAAAAUAAUUAAUAUCCAAUGAGUUUUCUAAUGCAAAUGAAAAUAUUACACUGCCAAAUGGUUGUCCUGUACAAAUAAUUAAGAUAUAAAUAAGCAAGAAUAGGAAUAAGGGCCUGUUUUGAAGUACAAUGUUAGGAAUUUUUACUUAUUCACAGUAGUUUCAACUUUCAAGUAGCGUCUUAGAAGUGUUUUUAUCUAAUAAGUAAUUCCAAAGCAAAAUUUACUUC